UACCUCUUCCGCCCGUCUGCAGUUGCUCGUUGCCCGUUGCCCAUCGCCGUAUCUCAUGGUUUGUUGCCGGGGAUUGGCCCUUCCUAUUUUCCUGGCGUGGCCAGUAGCACAUGCGUACGUCCAACUUGGCUUGCAUGCCGUCGCACGCCCUGACGUGUUGACGACAUCACGGGUGAAGCUGCAACAACGGCGGUCCCUGUCUAUGUCACAGGGGGAGUCAUGUAGCAAUCGCAGAGUCGGCGGCCGCUCGAGAUCACCGCUGGGUGCCGGCUCGACAAGUCGAGAACAGUUCCUCGGGGGGCUUCUGGCCUCCUCUGCUGCAUUGCUUGCGUGCUCAGCUGCGGCUAACGCAGCAGCAGAACAGAAGGCAGAGGUCAGCAAUGCUCCCGCCGUAGCAGGACAAUCGGAAUACCAGCAUCCACCACCAACCGCCGUGGUCACUGAGUCGGAGUCGGCAGCUUCAAGCGCCAUCUCGGGUCUGGUGGCCGGAGCUGCUGUUUCCACCUCCAAGCAGCUCUUGCUCUACCCCAUUGACACCGUUAAGACUCGGCUGCAGCUACCCCGAGAUGGCUCACCUCCCGAGCUUUUCCGCGGAUUGUACGAUGGCGUCUUACCCCCCUUGCUAGCAGGCCUACCCUCAGGCGCGCUAUUUUUCUCGGCGAAGGACGCUUUUAGCACGGCGAUCAGCAACGUAUCGGGGGGACAGUACGCAGAACUUACGACUAUCGCGGCAGUGGGCCUAGCGCAGUUUCCGUACUGGGGCAUCCGCACUCCAGCGGAGCUUCUCAAGACCAGGUCCCAGGCUGGCUUGUCGAGCGGAAGCGGGGCUGGGUUCGAUGGGGCCAAGUCCAUCCUGGCCGACGAAGGCCUGAGAGGGCUGUACACGGGCUACUCCUCCAACAUCGCCUACGCCUUCCCGGCCGAUGCUAUCAAAUUCUUGGUUUACGGGGUCCUUAAACGAUCCGCCAAGAAGGCCAAAGGCGGGGCGAAGUUGAGCACUAUCGAGGCCGCCGUGCUGGGGUCUGGAGCAAGCCUUGCUGCGCAGGCCGUCACGACUCCUUUAGAUGUCGUACGCACGAGGGUGAUGACCGUAUCUUCGGACGACGAGGGCUACGAAGGGGGUGUUCUUGGCGCGCUUGGGACAAUCUCCCGCGAGGAGAGCUUUUCGGCGCUGUGGACUGGCAUCAACCCUCGCAUGGCGCGAUCGGUGCUGAGCGGCGCGAUCCAGUUCGGAUCGUACGAGUUUGUCAAGGGGCUCUUCGGUGUGGAGCCUCGAAAGUUGUAGCGUCGUGAGCGCUCGCUACACAGUUGCCUCCUCGUACACGAGACGUUGAUCUGCGCUUCUCGGAAAUUCUGUGCUAGAAGACACGCCUGUGUUGGGUGGAGGCCCGCCUGUUACAUUUAUCGCUGCGAAGGUACACAACCACGCUCGCCCAUGUAUCUCUUUGACAUUGUUAUUGUUGCAUGUAGUUGGGAUCUAAAACCUAUUUUUUUUUAUAGGGUGCAAGGUGUAGCGAAUGGACAGGAACCGAUGGCGCGCGACGAACAAGUUGUUGACCAACGGGCCAACCGGAGCAUACGAAACGGGGCCAUUGCGACUGUUCUUAUUUCUGCCGGUCGAUGUUGUCGUCCAUGAUAGGUCAUCAUGUGGGUCUCAAGACACGAUCCUUGUGAGCUCGUCAGCGAUCUCUUUUCCAAGGC